GGGGCGGGCCCGCGGGCGGCCGGGGUCCGCGGGAGGCUCGGCGCGGUGGGCGUGCGCCUCGGGCCGCCAUUUCUGGGCGUCUCUGGAGGAGCCGCCCCCUCCUCAGCGCGGCCGGCGCCUCGCGGGACCGCUCCCCGCUCCGUGGGCGGCCGCCGUCCGGGCCCAGUGGCAAAAAUGCUGCGCUUCUUCCGGAGAACUCUUGGGCGGCGGUCUAUGCGUAAACAUGCUGAGAAGGAACGACUCCGGGAAGCUCAGAGAGCUUCUACGCACAUUCCUGCAGCUGGAGAUGCGAAGUCCAUCAUCACAUGUCGUGUGUCCCUUCUGGAUGGAACAGAUGUUAGUGUGGACUUGCCGAAAAAAGCCAAAGGACAGGAGUUGUUUGAUCAGAUUAUGUACCACCUGGACCUGAUUGAAAGUGACUAUUUUGGGCUAAGAUUUAUGGAUUCAGCACAAGUGGCGCAUUGGUUGGAUGGAACAAAGAGCAUCAAAAAGCAAGUAAAAAUUGGUUCACCGUAUUGUCUACAUCUUCGAGUUAAAUUUUAUUCCUCAGAACCAAAUAACCUCCGUGAAGAGCUAACCCGGUAUUUGUUCGUUCUUCAGUUAAAACAAGAUAUUCUUAGCGGAAAAUUAGAGUGUCCCUUUGAAACAGCUGUUCAGUUGGCAGCUUAUAACCUUCAAGCUGAACUUGGUGACUUUGAUCUUGCUGAGCACAGUCCUGAACUUGUAUCUGAGUUCAGGUUUGUGCCCAUUCAGACUGAAGAGAUGGAGCUUGCCAUUUUUGAGAAAUGGAAGGAAUACAGAGGUCAGACACCAGCACAAGCUGAAACCAAUUAUCUAAAUAAAGCCAAAUGGUUAGAAAUGUAUGGGGUUGAUAUGCAUGUGGUUAAGGCUAGAGAUGGGAAUGACUAUAGCUUGGGACUGACCCCUACAGGAGUUCUUGUUUUUGAAGGCGAGACCAAGAUUGGCUUAUUUUUUUGGCCCAAGAUAACCAGAUUGGAUUUUAAGAAGAAUAAAUUGACUCUGGUGGUUGUAGAAGAUGAUGAUCAGGGCAAAGAGCAAGAGCAUACAUUUGUUUUUAGACUGGAACAUCCCAAAGCAUGUAAACACUUGUGGAAAUGUGCUGUGGAACAUCAUGCCUUUUUCCGUCUCCGAGGUCCUGUCCAAAAGAGUAAUCAGCGGUCAGGAUUUAUUCGACUGGGAUCACGAUUUAGAUACAGUGGGAAAACUGAGUAUCAGACCACAAAAACUAGUAAAGCAAGAAGAUCUGCAUCUUUUGAAAGAAGGCCCAGCAAACGAUAUUCCCGACGAACUCUACAAAUGAAAGCAAGUACAUCAAAACCAGAAGAACUCAGUAUUCACAAUAAUAUUUCAUCCCAGAGUAAUGGCUCCCAGCAGGCUUGGGGUAUGAGAGCCACUCUGCCUGUGAGUUCUUCUGUUCCCUCUGGUCCUGUGCUCGUGGAGAUAGAGAAUCUUCAGAGGAGUCCUGGACCAGAUCACAACAAGAAAUGCUUGCCUGUGAAUAUUAAUUUGCUAGAUGGUCCAGACUUGUUAGAAACAACCAUUGAUAGUGUUUCUGGGCCUGCUGACACUGUGCAAGCAUCCCAAGUCCCAGAUGAAAUUAACAUAGUCACCAGACAAACUGAAGUAAAGGAACCUGAAAUUGAAUGUGGGACAUUAAAAGAUGCCUCAGAGAAGCUCAAACAUCUUGAGAUGGAAAAUAAUUCUUUGCAGUCACCUCGAGCCAACCUUGAUGUUAACAUCAACAGCAAGGAAGAAGUGGUGAAAUUGACUGAGAAAUGUCUUAAUAAUGCCAUUGAAAGCCCAGGAUUGAAUGCCAGGAGAAUGCCUCCAGACUUGAAGAGUAACAUUUUAAAGGCUCAAGUAGAAGCAGUACAUAAGGUUACAGGAGAAGACAGCUUAUUAAGUCAUAAAAAUGCCAGUGUUUCAGAUGCUUCCACAAACAGUACUGUUCCAGUUUUAAGUGAGAAUAUCAUGCCACUCUCAGAAGAUUCUUUGAUACAUUUCACACCCACACCUGCAGAAAAUGGUUCUGUUUUAAAGGAUGCUACAGAUGAAUUGGAUGCCUUGCUUUUAUCUCUAACUGAGAAUCUAAUUGAUCAUACAGUCACACCUCAGGUAUCUUCAGCAUCCAUGAUAACACCCCGAUGGAUUGUACCACAGAGCAAUGUCCUUCGUAAUGGUCUUGCUGGCAGUGCACCGUCCUCGGCAGGGAAGGAACCGCAUGGCCACAGGGAUGCCGUCUCCCUCAUCUCUCCCCCAGCGCCAUUCCUGGUGGAUGCUGUGACGAGUUCUGCUCCAGCUUUGGCUGAAGAAGUCGUCUCGAAGCCGAAGUGUUUACUGACCACAGAGCUCUGAGGGACUGCCUCCCCCACCCCGCCUGGAACUGGAACGCCAGCACCCUCCCGCAGCUCAUCCUGCAAUCACUUUCUCCUUAGGGAAACGUGGUGGAUUUAGGAGCCUGUUUUUGUAAAAAGCUCACCUAGAUUUGGCUUCAGCUGCAUGACAGAAAGCAGUUUACGUUUUCCGUCCAACUGGAAGGGUUUAAUUACUCCACAUUUUUGCCACAGUGAGGGAAUAUAGUCUUUUACUUUCUACAAUUUUAGCGCGGUUACCGUUUCUAAAAAGAAGGGAAUCUGUUUUGGUCGCUUCCUCUUCAAACUCUUGGUGCCAUCUAGUGGCCAUUACUGUUGACAGUGCCUCUGCAGCAAGGCCCCACUGGGAUGGGGGGAAGUGGGGGUGGGGGGGCACCUUUUCCUCCUUGAAUGUUUCUUCUCUGUCUAGUGUCGGUUUUGGGGUCCUUGAUCUGAAUGCCAGUUAGAGAAAUCGCACUUUCCAGAAGUCACUAUUCAAGAAAUUCACAAGGACGCUUUAUUAAGAGCAAGCCUCUUCUCCCUGCCCCUCCCUGGCUCCCCCCCCCCCAUCAUAUUUAUAGUACUAAAGAGAAGUUUAAGACACAUUGAGUUUUAAGGUAUUCCCCCAUAAUUUUGACGGUAUUAGUACUCGCUGUGUCCACACUUAAAGUUUACACCAAAGUAAGAGAAAACCUUGAGAAGAGCUAUUAAUGGAAGCAUUAAUGACCCUUCCUCUCCUUGUCACCCCUGCCUUCCCAUAGAAAGCAUUUGCAUGCACACACAGAUUUCACUAACUUUCCAGCCAGGAAGGAAAAUGGUGAGUUUCAGAGACCUUGAACCUUUUUUUCCUCGACGCUUCUGCACUUUUUCCUGAACCAGAUGGGGAAUGGGCCGUUCUAGACUCUGGUGCUGAAGGAACAGCUGAGAGGCUUGCAGGGCUUGUCCUUACUCCUCAGGGGACCAAAGUGGAUGGACAUAAGUUUCAUUUCCUUUGACAUACGCUGAGUACAUUUGAGGCUUGUAAACUCUGGAGGGGAAAAGAAAAAACAAAACAAACCCCUGAAAACAAAGCUAUCAGAACAGAAAAAGAGAAUUAGUGUGGAAAAUUUGGUUUCUUGAGCACCUUCCCUGUCUGAAAUGAAACACAACAUACUGAAAGAGCUCACUCACAUCUGUUUGUCAGGAGUUUCGUGUUCAUUUUGGAGAUUGAAAAAUCUCUAUAGAAUUUCCCCCUCCCUUUUGAACUGUACCAAAAAAAAAUCCUGGAUGUUAGAGUGGUAAAUAUACAUGCUCAUUCUAGAAAACAGAAAGAAAGCAGACAAAUUGCUACCUGCAGUCUUAACACCCAGGAAAGCAGUUUUUGUUUUAAAGCCUUAGAAAUGCGUAAGUCUCAGUUGCUAUGGGAAAGGAAGAGCGGAAGGCUGUGUGGAUAAAGCUGUUGCUAAUCCCUGUUAUCAAGGACUAACUUAAAGCUGUGCCCCCUGGAAUUUGUUUCUGCUUUUUCUGCCCUGUUGUGUGCAUGGAAUUGAGUUGAUUUACACUCCUAGGCGCAGAAGAACAUCCAGUUUUAUGAUCUUUGAAGCCCCGUGGUUUGGGGCCUCCCUGGGCUCCCUCUAGCAUAAUCAUCCUCGGGCAAACACACACGGCCUCUGACUGGAAAGCUCAGGAAUUUUAAUCUUGUGCUGUUUCCCAGGGAGCUGUGAGGACUGGAAACCACUUCUACACAAAACAGUUUUGCUGAAGUGAAGAAAGUUGGCACUUCUUGCUGGCUGCCUCUCCUUCGCUAUUGUUCUAACCUAGUGAAGCUCAUUGGAGGAACUCUUGCCAGGUUUUAAUUGUAAAACAGAUUUUCUCAUGGCUGUGACACCUAGCACCAGGGGCUUGACCCAGGACAGUUUUGGACUGGAUGUUCCGUUUUCAGUGUCCUGUCCACCCUCGCGGGCACAGCACUGUGAAGUUGUACAUCUUUAAAUCCAAGUAGCUAAAGCCUCGCUGA